AUGGCGAACCCUGAUUUGUUCCUGGAGCCGCUCGAGAGCAAUGACAAGUUGGCCGAUAGAAUUGGAGAAGUUAUCAGAGAAGCACAGGCGGCCACGGAUAAGGCUGAAAAGCUAAAAUGUCUCACCAAGGCAGAACAUCUUCUCCUAGAUGUGGACAACUCUGGUCAUCUUUUGGACAAUUUUCUUGAUGAAAUGCUUGAAUUUGCGUCAUCUGACGACUUCCAUAUGCGCUGUUUUUCUGCUAACUUCAUUGAGAAAGCAUGUAAAAAGGAUGCAGAAGUCUUGAAAAAAGCCAUAACGCAUCUCUCCUACCUGCUUAUGUCAGGUAGUCAGUCUCGAGGCGGUGUGAAGGUUAUGAAACGGGAUGCAGAAGUCUUGAAAAAAGCCAUAACGCAUCUCUCCUACCUGCUUAUGUCAGGUAGUCAGUCUCGAGGCGGUGUGAAGGUUAUGAAACGGGUGAUCAUCGUCUGUACGAACAUCUAUCCUUACAUUUUGAAAUGGGCGUGUAGCCGUAAAGCAGACUCUGACGUUGAGAAAUGUUGGGAAGCGUUCUCUGUUCUCAAAGGAAGGAUUAUUAGUCACGCUGAUUCGGAUAAUGAAGGGAUUCGUACAAUGACGUUCAAGUUCCUGGAAGCUAUAGUAUUGUCACAAUCGUUGAAGACUGAGGAGAGUGAAACUGCUAGAGGAGAUGACGUCAUGUCGCUUAAUGAAGUGCCUCGAGAUCAUAGAUUUAUUUCGUAUAGAAAGCUGCAGUCAGAAGCAGCUGUAAACCUUCAAUCUCUCAUGGAUCAGACCACAUUGCCGCAUAUUUCUGCUCAGAAUCUCCUCACAGUAUUAACGGUUCUAUGUACGAUUUCACGGCGAAGGCCAGAAUACAUGGCACGGAUUCUCGACUGCCUUGAAGCGCUUCAUAUUAACCUCCCGCCCACUUUAGGAGCUAGUCAGGUAAAAUCAAUGCGGAAGGAGUUGAAGGCUCAUCUCCUACGGAUACUGAAGCACCAGUCCUCCCUCCCAUUGCAUCUCAGGAUCACAACUUUAUUGACGGAUUUAGGAGCAUCUCAGAGUGAGAUAAACCGAGCCAUGCCGUCGAAUAUAGCUGAGCUGAGACGGAAAGCAUCCAAGCGGCAGAAUGCGGCGGAGGAGCCAGCCACUAAGAAGAAGGCUAGAGGAGAUGAUGCAUCUGGUGUACCACUAGAUGACGAUGAUUAUGGAGAUGACGAGCCAGGUGCUACAGAGGGAGCAGCCCCGAUACCGGAUUCGGCUCAUCAGUCAGCGAUAGAUAUCACCGCUCAGUUCAUCUAUGAACGUCUGAAUCCGAAACUUGUUGCUAACCUUGUGCUGAUAUCUCUGGUUACGUUGCCUGAUGAAAUGCCAGCAGCAUUCGCUUCAAGUUUUACCCAGAUUGCCACCGCAGGAACU